AGACAAUGGGUAUAUAAAGGCUGCUGUCCACCGCACAACAGUCUUAGAAUACAGAUUGAGAAGAUAGACGACGAGAAUGAAGAUGGCCGACAUUGAGAACGGAGGCGAGGACCACCUGGCUUGGACGGGCGUCGAGUACACCGUCAAGGGCAAAAAGGGCACCACCAUCAGGCUCCUCGACGCGGUCGAUGGAUCGUGCCGCACGGGACAGAUGCUCUCCAUCCUCGGCCCCUCGGGAGCGGGCAAGUCGACGCUCCUCGAUGUCCUCGCCGGAAGAAAGGAGAAGACGGCGGGGACUGUGUCCAUGCUGGCAGGCAGGGGUAAGAUGAGCUACGUCGAGCAGGACGACGCACUCUUGGGCGCCCUCACGAUCCGGGAAACAUUCACCUAUUCCGGAAGGCUGAGCAUGCCCAACGAGCCCCGCUCUGUCAUCGACGAGCGAGUCGACUCGCUGCUCCAGGGCCUCGGACUCGCUGCCGUCGCCGACAACCUGAUCGGAACGCCCGUCCAACGCGGCAUCAGCGGAGGGCAGAAGAGGAGGGUUACCAUCGGAAAUGGCCUCGUCUCCUUUCCCCGCGUCCUCUUUCUCGACGAACCAACGAGCGGGCUGGACAGUGCCACCGCUUUUGAGGUGCUUUCGUCGAUCAGGAGCCUGGCCCGAGCCCAAAACUUGAUCGUGGUGGCGACGAUUCACAGCCCAAACUGGGAGACCUUCAGCCUGUUUGACACGACGAUCCUCCUCGCACGUGGAAAGGUCAUCUACAGCGGCAGCGUGCUCCAGGUGGGAUCCUACUUUGAGCGCCAGGGCUACCCAGUGCCUCUGCACACCAAUCCGGCCGACCACAUGCUCAAGCUCGUCUCCACCAGCUUUGGAAGCGUGCCUGCGAGCGAUGACGAAGACAAGGUGGAAAAGCUGGCGUCGCUCUACGCGGCAGAGACUGCCUGCCGCCACAGCCCCGACACGCAAUUGUCGGAAAAGGGUCUCGAGAUGGAGCGCUCCCGUGCUCCGAGCGAUCUCGUGAUGCAGAGCUGGACGCUGACCUCGCGCAACUUCCUCAACUACCGUCGCAACCUCCUGGCCUACGGUGUUCGCAUGGGCAUGUACCUCGGCAUGGGCGUCCUCGUCGCCACCGUGUGGGUCAACAUGGCCCAGGACGACCGCCACAUCAACGACCGGCUGAGUGUACACUUCUUCAGCGUCGCUUUCCUCGGUUUCAUGUCCGUCGCCGGCAUCCCUUCUUUUCUCGAAGAGCGCCUGGUUCUGUUUCGCGAGCGCCGCAACGGUCUUUACACGCCACUUCCCUUCGUCGUGGCCAACACGAUGGCCACCAUCCCCUUUCUCUUUGUCUGCUCAGUCGUCUACGCCGUCCUCAUCUACUGGUCUGUGGGUCUGCACGGGGGUGCCUCGUACUUUUUCCGCUUUCUUGCCUUUCUCUUCCUGGGCGUCUACGCGGCCGAGACGCAGUCGCUGCUCAUUGCCGCCAUCCUGCCCAUCUUUGUGGCCGCGCUCGCUGUCGCCGCGUUCGCAAACGGCUUCUGGAUGGCUGUCCAGGGCUACUUCAUGAGGAACCUGCCCGAUUUUUGGUACUACUGGGCCCACUUCAUCGACUACCAGACUUUCGCGUUUCAGAUCCUCGUCAAGACAGACGUCGUGGGCCUCGUGUUUCCCUGUGCAGGAUCUCUUGCAGACAAGACCUGCUCCUGCUCGAUUCCCAGUCGUCUCGUGACCACGGGAGCCCAGUGCGCCGUCGAAGGGCGCGACAUCAUCGAGUCCCUCGGGUUUGGGGGCAUCUCGACGACGCUCUACGCCUUCAUCGUCGUCAUUAUCAUUGCCGUGUUCAGAGUGGCCUUCUGGGCCGUGCUGGUCCUGCAGAAGUAGCAGGCUCUCAAAGAAAGAAAAAGAAAGAAUGGAGAUGAUUUUCCCGGCCCGAGGAUUG